CAGACGUUUUUGGAAGCUUUCGAAACGGCUCCUGACCAAUUAAAGGGAACAUAAAGUUCCUGUACUGACCUAUUGGCCAAUUUCCCAAAAUCAUGAAUUUUGUCCUAUUUUUGUCUCUUAGAGGUCAAUGAUAUCUAUUACAGGGGGUUAUGAACAGGCCUUGAGUCGAUAUUAUGUUUCAGUGUUACGUGCGAAAGUACCAACAAUCUUUCUGUAAUUCGAAAAACACACUGCAUUGCUACCUAGCUGCUUAAGAUGAAUAGAUCGCCUUGUGGAAGAGAAAAUUUUUAUUUCGAAAUGGAAUCAGCCCAAAAGGAUACCGAAGUAGGAGUAUACAAUGAUGUUGCUUGCGCGAUAACAACAACGCCAAAGAGCUGUGAUAAGGUCCAGUUGGGUGGAUAUGAGAGGCAUACUGGAACUACAGAGAGUUCGAUUCAAGCUCUAAAUUAUGCCCUGCAUUUACAAGCUGCUGUGGUUCGCCGUCUUCUGUGCAUUUCGGUCACUGUUGUUACCGUUGCUUUCUUGACAGCGGCUGCCACUUUGGCAUUGGCUUUAUUCUUGAUGAUAUAUAGAACAAACGAUGUGGCCGUGUCGUCUAAAACUGACGGACCUUUGAAAGAGUCGAAGCCAUCACAAUCAAAGUUUGAAGCUGAACUUAAGGCAAUGAAGCAGAACAACUCCACAAUUCAAUCACGGGCUGCUGAUAAAGUGGUGGGUAGCUAUAACGGCCAGGUGCUUUAUCAAUCUUGCUUUUAUUAGUAUUCAAUGAUAUAUUCGUGAGAGAAGUGGCUCAUUAGGUUACUCAGAAAAAAUAUCAGUGAAUCCAUUAUCCUCCAGCGAAAGAAUGUUAACAGAUAUAUGCGUUGUCAAACAUUGAGAAGUGACUUAUUUGAAUCCAUCUGUCCAUCUAAAAGGAUAUUCGUGCUAAAAAGGUGAGUGCAAUUUUAAAGCAUUUGGCAUAAAAAAUAUUGAUAUAAGGGAGAAGCUGAAACAUUAUACAUACAUA